GCUAGUUGCGGGGCGAGUUGGGAGCUGGGUGCGCAGGCGCGUUGGGGACCCGGUAGCAGUGGCGGUGGUGGCGGUGGCAGUGGCGACGGCUGGGAAGAGAACUGGAGAGCUGACCCUGGAGGGAGACACCCAUGGCGGCAGAUGGAGAGCGUUCCCCGCUGCUGUCCGACCCCAUCGACGGUGGCGCCGGCGGCAAUGGCUUAGUAGGGCCAGGCGGGAGUGGGGCUGGGCCCGGGGGAGGCCUGACCCCCUCCGCACCACCAUACGGAGCCGGUAAACAUGCCCCGCCCCAGGCAUUUCCCCCCUUCCCUGAGGGGCAUCCCGCCGUGCUGCCUGGGGAGGACCCGCCCCCUUACUCGCCCCUGACCAGCCCUGACAGUGGGAAUGCCCCUAUGAUCCCCUGCCGAGUCUGCCAGUCUCUCAUCAACGUGGAAGGCAAGAUGCAUCAGCAUGUAGUCAAAUGUGGUGUCUGCAAUGAAGCCACCCCAAUCAAGAAUGCACCCCCAGGGAAAAAAUAUGUUCGAUGUCCCUGUAACUGUCUCCUUAUCUGCAAAGUGACAUCCCAACGGAUUGCCUGCCCUCGGCCUUACUGCAAAAGAAUCAUCAACCUGGGGCCUGUGCAUCCAGGACCUCUGAGUCCAGAACCACAGCCAACGGGUGUUAGGGUCAUCUGUGGACAUUGCAAGAAUACUUUUCUGUGGACUGAGUUCACAGACCGAACGUUGGCACGUUGCCCCCACUGCAGGAAAGUAUCAUCUAUUGGGCGCAGAUAUCCGAGAAAGAGAUGCAUCUGCUGCUUCUUGCUUGGCUUACUCUUGGCAGUCACUGCCACUGGGCUUGCUUUUGGUACAUGGAAUCAUGCACGACGAUAUGGAGGUAUAUAUGCAGCCUGGGCAUUUGUGAUUCUGUUGGCUGUGCUGUGUUUGGGCCGGGCCCUUUACUGGGCCUGUAUGAAGGUCAGCCACCCUGUCCAGAACUUCUCCUGAGCCCCUUGAUGAUCCAGACUGUUCCUGGCCCCUCCCUGGUGGGGACAGUGACACUACAAAGGGAGUUGGAGUAAAAGGCUCCCUGGGCUUCGUAAAGAAGCCAGGCAGCUGCCUUCCUUUUCCCAGGGGAGAGGUAGGAAGGAACCAGGCCCUCACUUAGGUUUGGAGGGGUAGAUAAAACCACUGCUGGCCUUCUGCUUUCCUCCAAGGGUUGCUGUGUUUAGGGUGAAGUGGGCAAGGUACUGCCCCUAAACCUGAGUCCUACCGAUGGUCUACCCUUGUCCUUCCUAUAUGCCCCCUGAGAGCCAUUCCUGUCCCUUACACAUUCCAGGGCAGGGUGGGGGUGGGUAGCCCUGGGGGUCCCCCUACCUCUCGUGCACCAUUUAGGACCUUGCUGCUGUUAUUGCACUUCACCAGGGGCUGGCUCUGACCCAAGUACCCCGUCUCCUCUCCCCACAUUCCAUGUCCUGUGGGGGUGGGGUCAGCCGCUGCUCUGUACAGAACCACAGGAACUGAUGUGUAUAUAAUUAUUUAAUGUGGGGUAUAUUCCCCAGUCCUGUUUCCCUUAAUUCCUCCUUCCAAACUUCCUUUACCCCCCCACCCCCAGUUGCAGUAUUUAACUGGGCUGGGUAGGGCUGCUGUCUUGGGAAGUUAGGGACUUAUCCUGUGCUUGUAAAUAAAUAAGGUCAUGACUAACCUUUUUCAGUUGUUAACUUGUAUGAAUAAAAAGGAAAUUUGUAGCCCCACACAAGGGUAAAUA